AUGGACAGUAUCCGACGUGGUCCCUCAGCUACUUCUGUAUCGGUAACAAAUGGUGGUAAAAAGACCGCAAGAAAUGCCUUAGAAGGCUACGGAUUUGCCGUGCGGCUGCAAACGUUCCAAGCUACAACGUCGGUCAAGCCACGAUAUGUGAAUACUGCCUUUGCCCGCGGAGACGCUGAAGAGCACGUACGCUCACAAGACACGAUAAAGUUAAAAGUCUAG